GAAAGAGGCAGCAACUACAUUGCCUGGAGGAAACUUAAGGAACCCAGGCACCCAGCUGCCCACCCCCAAGCCCAAGUUCUUCCCAGGAAGACAAACGUAGGAGACCCACACUCCUGGAAGCAUCAGCUUUUAUCUUUUCACCCUGAAGUCCCCUUUCUCAAGAAUCCUCUGCUCUUUGCGCUCUAGUCUUGGCACAUCUAGGACCCAGGCAUCGUGCUUUCCAGCCACAAGGAGACAGAUGAAGAUGCAGGAAGGAAAUGUUCUCCUUACAUUUUGGCUACUAUUGCUUUUAGAAGCCGCAAUAAAUUCCAGUGGGACUAGCUCCUCUGCCAACACUGCAUUCAGUGUGACCACCACUGGGGCCAACACAGCCACCAGCUCUGGGUUCAGCGUGACCUCCAGUGAGGCCAGCACAGCCUCCAACGAGGCCAGCACAGCCACCAGCUCUGACUCCCACAAAACCGCCAGUGGGACCAGCACAGCCACCAACUCUGAGUCAAGCACAACCUCCACCGGGGUCAGCACAAUCACCAAAUUUGAGUCUAGCUCAACCUCCAGUGGGGCCAGCACAGCCACCAACUCUGACUCCAGCACCACCUUCAGGGGAACCAGCACGACCUCCAGCGGGGUCAGCACAGCCACAAACUCUGAGUCCAGCACAACCUUUAGGGAAACCAGCACAGUCACCAACUCUGAGUCUACCACAACUUCCAGGGCAAUCAGUACAACCUCCAGUGGGGCCAGCACAGCCACCAACUCGGAGUCCAGCACAGACUCUGGUAGGGUCAGCACAGCCACCAACUCGGAGUCCACCUCCACCUUCAGUGGGGUCAGCACAGCCACCAACUCUGAAUCCAGUACAACCUCCACUGGGGCCAGCACCAUCACCAACUCUGAGUCCAGUACAACCUCCACUGGGGCCAGCACAGCCACCAACUCUGAGUCCAGUACAACCUCCACUGGGGCCAGCACAGCCACCAACUCUGAGUCCAGUACAACCUCCACUUGGGCCAGCACCAUCACCAACUCUGAGUCCAGUACAACCUCCACUGGGGCCAGCACAGCCACCAACUCUGAAUCCAGUAUAACCACCAGUGGAAUCAGCACAGCCACCAACUCUGAGUCCAGUACAACCUCCACUGGGGCCAGCACAGCCACCAACUCUGAGUCCAGCACAACCUCCAGUGGGGUCAGCACAGCCACCAACUCUGAGUCCAGCACAACCUCCAGUGGAACCACAGUCACGAACUUUGAGUUCAGUACAAUGUCCAGUGGGGUCAGCACAGCCACCAACUCUGAGUCCAGCAUGUCGUCCAAUGGGGUCAGCACAGCCACCAACUCUGGGUCCAGCACAACCUCUAAUGGGGUCAGCACAGCCACCAACUCUGGGUCCAGCACAACCUCUAAUGGGGUCAGCACAGCCACCAACUCUGGGUCCAGUGUGACCUCGGGAGGCUCUGGAACAUCCGCUCUGACUGAAACGCACACAACUUCUGAUAGAGUUAGCACAGGCGCUACUACUGCAGUGAGUGAGGCGAAGCCUGCUGGGUCCCUGGUGCCGUGGGAAAUCUUCCUCAUCACCCUGGUCUCGGUUGUGGUGGCCGUGGGGCUCUUUGUUGGGCUCUUCUUCUGUGUGAGAAACAGCCUGUCCCUGAGAAACAGCUAUAACACAGCUGUAAUGCCCCAUGGGCUACACACUCUGGAGGGAAUCAUGGAGCCCCCCCACAGGACCAGGUGGAGCCCUAACUGAUUCUGGAGGAGACCAGUAUCCUUAAUAGCUGUGGAGAUGAGCGGGAGGUACAAUGGGCUCUGAGCAGCCCCCGAACCAACAUUCUUCAGGGAGGAAGAGACCUGGGGACCCAAGACCUGCUUUCCUUCAUUCACUCCAGGAGACCCCUCCCAGCUUUGUUUAGGAUCCUGGCAAUCUUGAGGGAGACAUUCCUCACCUCUCUUGCCUUUAGCAGACACUGGAAAGAGGAUACCAUAUCACUCAUUUAGAAAUAAAUACAUCUAACACACAUGUCAAAGAGAAGCUGUGUGCGCCCUGCGGUGGGUGUCUCUAGUUCUGAGAUGAACUUCUCAGUUAUAGGAGAAAACCUCCAUGCUGGAAUCCAUCUGGCAUUCAGAA